CCAUAGAAAUAAAUGCAAAGCAAAGAGUGGAACACCCUCUGCAAAUAGCCUUGCCUUAAAAUCCAGGCUUUCAUUCUUCCAUUGCAGCUCCUCCAGCUUUCAUACGCUCUUUCAAUGGAGGUUCAAACUCAGAGCUUCUCCACCGCCUUUGACUGUGUCCCAACCACCACCGCUCCUCCAUUUUCCUACUCCUUAAACCGCAUGGGCCUCCCAUUUUCCUCAUCCCGGACGGAAAUGCCCCAUUCCCCGACCCCCGCCGGUUCCAUCUCCGGCAAUGAUUCCACCUCCCUUCGAAUUGCAUUUCCCUCCACAUCAAACGCCGAUGACUCCUUUCCUCCCUUCGCCGUACUGACGGAGCCGACGGCUGCCUUGAAACUGCAGAAGGUUUACAGGAGCUAUCGUACUCGCCGGAGAUUGGCUGAUUCCGCCGUUGUGGCAGAAGAACUCUGGUGGAGAGCCUUAGACUAUGCGAGACUGAAUCACAGUACAAUUUCUUUCUUCAAUUUCUCUAAACCUGAAACUGCAGCUUCCCGAUGGACGCGAAUCAUGUUAAAUGCUUCCAAGGUGGGUAAGGGAUUGUCCAAAGAUGGAAAAGCACAAAAGUUAGCCUUUCAGCAUUGGAUCGAAGCCGUAAUUUACAUCUCCAUUAUUCAAUUCCCUUCUUUUCCUCUCCCUUUUGCUAAACAAUUUUGGGCUUUGCAGAUUGAUCCACGCCAUCGCUAUGGCCAUAACUUGCAUCUCUACUACGAACAAUGGUGUCAAGGCGAUGCUGGUCAGCCCUUUUUCUAUUGGCUAGAUGUAGGAGAUGGAAAGGACUUAGAACUAAACGAGUGCCCGAGAUCCAAACUCAGGCAGCAAUGUAUUGUGUAUCUUGGACCGCAAGAGAGGGAAGAUUAUGAAUACAUAAUACUGCAAGGCAAGAUUAUCCACAAACAAUCUGGGAAACUCUUGGACACAAGCAAAGAAUCAUCACCUGGAGCGAAGUGGAUAUUUGUCAUGUGCACUGCCAAGAAACUUUAUGCUGGUGAAAAGAAAAAGGGAAUGUUCCAUCACUCUAGCUUCUUGGCUGGGGGUGCAACAUUAGCUGCUGGAAGGCUGGAAACUGAGGACGGAGUUCUUAAGACUAUAUCAGCUUACAGCGGACAUUAUCGGCCAACUGAGGCUAGUCUUGUCAGCUUUUUAUCCUUUCUUCAUGAGAAUGGAGUAAAUCUCGAAGAAGUUAAGGUCUACAAGGCCAGCGAUGAUUCUGAAAGCUAUGGCCAUGAAGGUGGAAGCGAUGAGAGUUUCAUAUCAUCAAGCCGAUUAGCUGAAGUUUCCAAAGCUGAAACCAAAACAGAAUACCGAAGGACGUUAUCCGGGGGUCUGCCGAGCCCGAGGGCCGAGCUCCCGAGGAGUGCCAUAUUGGAGAGGAUAAACUCCAAGAAAACAGCAAAAUCAUAUCAAUUGGGGCAUCAGCUGUCACUGAAGUGGACAACGGGAGCUGGUCCGAGAAUCGGCUGUGUAGCUGACUAUCCUGUGGAACUUAGAGUACAAGCCUUGGAGUUUGUUAAUCUAUCUCCAACUGUUGGCUCUGCACAAGGUCCAAACUUUGAAUCACCUGCUGUAAAUUUCUGUUCUGAACUCUGCAAUGGAUGUCAGGAUAAUUCCUCUGGAAACUAAACUAAUAUUCCCCAGCUUUCUAUGCUUUGAUGUUUGAUAUUGAAUCCUAUGGACAUUGUAAUGCCUCUCCAACACUUUUGCUGUCGAGAUUUACAUCUACUAUCUAGUUUGGUUGU